UCCCGGAGUCUACCACCGCUGCCCCCGCCGCCCCUCCCUCUCCAGUUCUCCUCCCCCGCCCCUGCCCAGUGCUGGCAGAGGAGGACAGCAUGGUGGUCUUGAGGAUGAGUUGGGCAGCAGCCACAGAGGCAGUGGUCCCGAGUGGUUCCCACUGAUCGCCUCCCCCGCCCAGAAGAGAGGAGGAGGAGGAGGAGGAGGGGUUCCUACAUAAUUGCCACAUUUCUUGUUUUCCUUCUCCCCACCCCCUUCCCCGUAAUUACUUUGGUUGCCCGAGGGGAGAGGGAGAGAGAGACUGAGGAGCCUCCCGCCUAGUCCUCCCUGGUGCCCCACCGCCUUCUCCUUCCCGUCCCAGGGCAGGAUGACUGGAGUCUUUGACAGUCUGGUGGCUGAUAUGCACUCGAACCAGAUUACUGCCUCCAGCAGUUACCACCAACACCACCACCAGCACAGCGGCAGCGGCGGCAGCAGCACGAGCCUGCACAAGCCCCAGGAGUCCCCCACGCUGCCCGUGUCCACCGCCACGGACAGCAGCUACUACACCAACCAGCAGCACGGGGCAGGGGGCAGCGGCGGCGGCGGCGGCGGCGGCGGCGGCGGAGGGUCCCCGUACGCGCAGAUGGGCUCGUACCAGUACCACGCCAGCGGCCUCAACACCGUCCCCUACUCUGCCAAAGCGAGCUACGACCUGGGCUACACUGCCGCGUACAGCUCCUACGGGCCCUACGGAACCAGCUCCUCCCCAGCCAACAACGAGCCCGAAAAGGAAGAAUGUGAGCCCGAAAUCAGAAUAGUGAACGGGAAGCCAAAGAAAGUGAGGAAACCUCGCACCAUUUAUUCCAGUUUCCAGUUAGCAGCUCUUCAGAGGCGAUUCCAAAAGACUCAGUACUUGGCGCUACCCGAAAGAGCUGAACUGGCCGCCUCCCUAGGCCUCACACAGACUCAGGUCAAGAUCUGGUUCCAGAAUCGCCGUUCUAAGUUCAAGAAGAUGUGGAAAAGCGGAGAGAUUCCUUCAGACCAGCACCCCGGCAGCAGUGCCUCUCCCCCCUGCGCAUCACCUCCAGUCUCAGCACCUACAACCUGGGACUUCGCCCCUCACCAGCGGAUGAGCAGUGCAGGAGGCAGCGGAGGUAGCGGGAGCGGAGGUGGAGGAGGUAGCUCAGGCUCCAGUCCCAGCAGCGGUACUUCAGCUUUCCUAGGCAACUAUCCGUGGUACCACCAGGCUUCCAGCUCGGCUUCCCACCUCCAGGCCAGUGCACCGCUAUUGCAGCAUCCUCAGCCCCCACAGCCCCAUCACCACCACCAUCCCCACCAUCAUCAUCACCACAACAGCAGCAGCUCAGCAGUGAGCGCAGGGACGAUAUUCUAACUUCGGAAGAGACUGGGGGAGAGAGAGAGAGAGAGAGAGAGAGAGAGAGAGAGAGAGAGAGAGAGAGAGAGACAGACAGACAGAGAGACAGAGACAGAGAGACAGACUCCCCACAGUGGCUGCUGCCUACCCAGAGCAAGGGGUACUUCUCCCUUAUUCCCCUGCCAUCUCAGACCCCAGUCCACAAUACCAGCGCCUUUCUCUCCCUAAGCAAAGAGGGGCGGCGCAUCCCAAAGCCCCUGCUCCUCCUAGGAACAGACUCUGGUGCUUUGAUAACCCUUUCCCGUCCAACAAUCCGAUGCAUUUGUAAAGUUAUGAGGCUUUUUGAGCCCUGUGGGUUUUUCUGUGUGAUACGUGGGAAAAGGACUUUGCUUAGUCGGGGUACCCAAGGGGUUAGGGGCUUCGGCCACAUUUCAGGUCAGGUUCUUUCUCCUCAAGCUUUCUUUCAAGCCCUGACUUACCAAUAACUCUCCACUCUCCCCCACCCCCACCUCUUCCCUGGUCCUGAGAGGUCAGGGAACUUCUCCCUGAGGCUAAGAACAAAGUCCUGAAGAGUGACACUUUCCUCCUUUCUUCCCAACUUUGCCGUUCCUCCCUCUCCCCAAGGGUUCACGCUGAAUUGCGUUGCUCUUUUCCAGGGUCAGUCGCUAAGCCUCCUGUUCUGCCUAGAACCCUUUCUCCUUCCUCCUCCUCCUCACCUCCACUCCCCACAUACACACACUCGUGCGAGCAAAAAAGAAUCCUCGGUUAUAAACCUCACUGUGGGCCCAAUUCCAUUCUUUUCCUUCCUCAACUUUCCCCCUUUGCUCACGCUGUCCUUGCCGACUUUUUUUUUCUUUUUUGCUGUGGUGUGUGUUCCUGGCCCUCAUCCCCUUAGCUCUCUAGGGAAAAGCAUAAGAGAUCUCCACUCCUCCUCCUACUCAUCCAUCACCAGUGGAGUUUUUUUAUUUUUAUUUUUUUAAAAGUUUAGGUGCCUUUGCGGAUGACCUCAUUUUGAUGUUAAAAAAUGAUUUUUUUAUAUGUGAACAUUGCAAAAACAAAGUGUUUAAAUUAUCUUUUUUAAACUCAAUUCAGGAUUAUUAUCCUGGAAAAACACACACACAAAGUUUGUAAAUAAAGGUGUUCGUGCGGAUUUCCCUCCCCCUCCCUUGAUUUAUUUGUAAAAAAAAAAUAUUCAACUUUCAGACUUUUUGGUGAAUCACCUGUAAGAAUUUCGGGUUAGCAGUAGUCUCAUUUUCCCUCCUGUCCCAUUUUUAAAAAAAUUUUCGCCUCGACAAGUUUCCUUCUCUCAGUUAAAUUAAGCUACUGAUUUCGAUUUUAUUUUAUUUUAAACCCAAGAUCUUUGUUCUUUAAAGGAAAGGUAUUUUUGAGUUAUUUAUU